GCGCCGGGUGGAGAGAGCCGAGAGGAUGAGAGACGGAGCGGUGCACGCGCGCAGAGAGCACCUACAGCGGGUUACAACGGAGACCGUCCAGUAGAGCUGGCUAUCCGCCGUGCGACGUGUCCCGCAGAGGAGGGAUGCAACGAGGCGUCUGAACAGGACGCCAGAUGAGAUCCACACAGUGUCGGAGACUCUCCUCUCGCAGUGAUCUCAAACAGCCCGCGGGGCGAGGAGGAGGGGAGUCCGGGACAGGGGGGCGCUCCGUCUCAACUGUGGAUUGAAGAACAAACAUUCCUGCCGUCUUAUUGAAACCUGCAGGAGCUCUGUGGGUCUCCGCGUUGGAGGCUGGUCUUCACCAUGAGGGCUUUUUCAGCGAACUUGUUCGCCCUUCUUUUCCUUUGCGCCCUUACGACCGUGUUCUACGUGUGGAGCGCACUGGAGAGCCGCUUGGAGCGGCACAAACGCGGCUUCUCGGUGCCGGGCGCAGGCGCUGCUCACCAGGGUAUCCCGGCGGACCUCUCCGCCAAAACUUUCCGGGCAUUGCUCGCUGUCCCAGCGGCACAGAGACCGCACUUGGGGGGCAGACUCGAGGCUCCCAACCUCACUGAUCAAAGCGCCGCCGCAGGAAACCGAGAUUACCAUGUGAAUGGGGAUAACAAGAGACCCGCGCCGCGGGAGGGCCCUGUCGAGUUGAGCCCCCCGGUGAAGGAUGGGGUGUUUUGGAGUGAAUGGCUGGAGGAUCUCCUCUCCGAGGGCUUCACGGAGGAAUACGCCCGGGCUUGGCGAGAGACAGCCCGGACACGCCGGAUAGUGAAGCUGGAGCCCGGGUGCGGCAGGAUAUCGAAUCAGCUCGCCACGUUCGCCGAUGGGACCAAAGCGUGUGUGCGUUACGGGAUAAACGCGGAUCAGGUGCAAGGGGAAACUUUGACUUAUUACCUCGCCAGUUUGCUGGGCAUCACCAACCUGCCUCCUCUAGCACUGUCCCAGCUGAACGGAGACAGUGAACAAUGGGCGGCUGUGAGGUCGCGGAUAGGCGGAUUGCAGUGGAGCGACCGGGCCGUGGUUUCUCUCACCGAGUGGGUCGCCAACCUCACCGGGGUGGUCACACCGGCGCCGCUCAGGCAGGAGAGCAGCGGGCUGCACCCCGAGCCCGGGGAGCUCUGGAACAAGACGACGGCGGAGCUGCUGGAGCUGAUGCAGUGGAGCGACCUGAUCCUCUUUGACUACCUGACCGCGAACUUCGACCGACUCGUCAGCAAUCUGUUCAGCCUGCAGUGGGAUUCGCGCGUAAUGGAGAGGGACACCAACAACCUGCUGAAAACACCCCGCGGGGACCUUGUGUUCAUAGACAACGAGGCCGGACUCGUGCACGGCUUCCGGGUGUUGAACAUGUGGGAGAAAUACCACAACACAGUACUGAGCUCCGUGUGUGUGUUCAGAAAAAGGACCAUGCAGCGCGUGGAGGAGCUGCACAGGCGCAGAGACGCCCGGCGGAGGCUGCUGGAGCUCUACAGAGACAGCGAGCCUUUGUCUCUGGAACUGGGAUUUCUCUCAGACGAGCACGCCGGUGUUCUCCAGGACAGGAUAGACCGAGUAUACAAACACAUGUUGCACUGCAAAGGAAAGUACAGCCAGCCGUGAGCUUUCCACGGGCACGUGGUGAUGGAUUUGUUGUUGGCGCGGUCUGACGAGCUCUGCAUUGGCACACCUGUGCUGGACUGAUGCGCAUUACACAAACUGUGUUGAAUAUCCAGCUGAACUACCUCUGGUGAAUAUAAUGUGAUGCCUACUUUAUGAAUAAAUACAUGUGACACGUGUAUAGGCCCCCUGCUGAUAUUGUCACUGUACGCAUCACAGAGAGGAAAUAUUAAGGCUAGUCUCUCUCCUGUCUCUCUCCCCCCCCCCCCCCCCCACACACACACUAAUGCUCACCGGAUAGGAAUAAAUAUGACAAAUUAGGCUUUAUGUGUGACCCGGGUCUCAUAACGCAGCCCUUCCAUGUGUAUUUGGAUUCUGGCCUUGUGUUCAGCGAUCAUAAUGAUAAACUCCUAAGCCUUAACAUAAGUUGACUGGUGAAUUCUGUAUUUCUGUUGACGUAUAGAGAACGUUGUUUGCACAGAACAUUUUCAUAGCAGCACCUGCACUCCUGUAAUUGUGUUUGAAUUGCAUAUUCAGCCUUAAAAUCACAGGUGUACCAUACCAAUUGUAAAUAUUGUAAGUACGUUGUAAAUAUUGUCUGCCAACCUGUUGUGGACAUUUGAUGCUCCACUACUUUAACGUGCAUUGUAACAUUCCAACAUCUCGUGUCCUUUUUUGAUAAAUACACUGUAAUUUAAUUUAA